AUGGCUAUUUCGAAAUCGAUGUCGACGACCUCUUCUGAAGCACAGAGAUCACCUCAACAGACAACACAACAUGGUUUCCGAACGGUGUUUGAGAUGCUGCGAGCGCUUGCUACCACCAAACCUCUUACACGAUCAUUUGCUGCUCUCGGAGGUACUCGAGGGUUCAAAACGGCGCCUUUGGCUGACGGGGACCUCUCGAGCGUCAGGUCGAAGUUUACUCUGAGCGGGAAGAACUAUGUCAUCACCGGCGGAGGGCGGGGCAUAGGGUAUGCUGCGGCACGCGCCAUCGCUGAAUUCGGGGGCAACAUCUCCAUCUUGGACGCGGGGCCGGAACCUGUCAAGGACUUUGCGAAUCUCGAGAGAGAAUUCGGGGUAAAGACAAAGUAUCUACGCACCGAUGUGGCGAACGAGGCGAGCCUGAUCAAGGCUUUUGAGGAGACGAUUGCGGAUUUCAAAACUCUGGACGGAUGUGUCACUGCGGCAGGCAUCUGUCCUGAAGGGCCGUUUGUGGAUCAUACAUGGGACCAGGUGCGAAAGUGUUUUGAUGUUAAUAUUGGAGGGACAUAUUUCUCCGCCCAACUAGCGACCAAGUACAUCCUCGACCAAGGUACGGGAGGCAGUAUCGUCCUGAUCGCCUCCAUAUCCGGUCACUGUGCAACCCCGGGCCACCGACUGUCGGCGUACAACGCAUCCAAAGGCGCGGUCAAGAUGCUGGGCACCGCCCUCAGCGUCGAGCUGGGUCCCAGCAACAUCCGCGUCAACUCCAUCUCGCCGGGCUACACUGACACCGAGAUGCUGACGCCACUCAAGCAAAAGGAGCCGAAGCGGAUCGAACUCAUGAACAAGGAGCCGCCCAUGAACCGCAUUGGCACGCGGAACGAUCUCGCUCCCGCCAUCAUCUACCUUCUGAGCGAUGCGUCUCUGUAUACGACGGGAGCGGAUAUUGUCAUCGACGGAGGUCUACACUCUGGACGCAUUCGAAGUCCAUUCAUUUGA